UGGGUUUCUUCCCUGGCGUUCAUGCUGGAUUUCCUUCCUAUAUCAGUCUCUGAACUGUACACAGAGGCAAUGCAAGGUGCAAGGUAGUGGUCAGAAUGCAUUUGUAAGGCAGUGUAACAGGGCAUGUAAACAAACAGAAAAAUCCCAAACAAAUGUCACUUCCUUUUUGUCUUUUUACAUCACCUUUUUGCUUCCUGCCUCAAUGCACAUAGAAGUAGACCUGGCAGUUUCAGUAUUCUGGUACCAGGUUUUGAGCUUUGGAAUAAACAUGUUUUCCACUGGAACAGUACAAAUUGUAUACUACCUUUUUUUACAUACUGUUUUGGAACAGAGAUUACUAAUUUCUUGCUAUAACGUCAUAAAGUGAAACUUGUCUUUUUCUUGAAAAUCAAAAAUGUCUUUAGAGUCUUAUACCUGUUUAACUGCUUCAGUGCUGUCCAAGAACAAGACUGUUGUGAUUUUUUUUUUUGUUUUGUUUCUCCUGUCAAAUAUCGUGAAGUCAGUUUUUGCAGCAGUGUAAUUUCUUUGUGUUUGCUUGUUAUGAGACAGUAGACAAGACUCUGAAAGGGCUGAUAACGCUCUGCCUCUGUCAGUCACACUGAAAUUCUUGACUCUGGCCUAGACACUUUCUUGAAGGAAUUUAAGAAGAUAUGCUGUAUUGCUUUACAGAAACAUAGUAUUAAGCUCUGUGGAAGAAGUGAAACAAUUCCUCACAUAGUUUCAUGUUCAUUAUACUGUUAGCUCUCUGAUUGUCUGCAGGACAGUGCAGGUUAAUAGGGCCAGUAGGAUCUGAUGCUUCUAAAAUAGGGAAAGAAAUAUAUCUGCUACCCAUUGCAAACAGGCUGGAAGAAGCAAACCAUUCUUAGGCUGUUAAGGAUGAGCCAUCUCACUUUUCUUCCUCGUAAAUGCUGCCUCUGAAUCAUGAUAAAUACAGCUGGUAUCAGAUUUUAUUCCUCCCCAUAUUCUUUAAUGGGAUUCUUACUGUGCACCUUCCAGUGGUGGGUGGUCUCCUCUCUGCUCACUUGCUGUCGAAGAAGGCUGGUGUUGAAGUAGAAGUGGGCUGGCCGUGCUCUGGACCUCUCCUGAGGAUGGCAGAGGAAGCAGCUCGCAAGCUCCUACCAGCUUUUCAGACCCCAACUGGGAUGCCAUAUGGAACAGUGAACUUGCUGCACGGAGUAAACCCUGGGGAGACCCCAGUCACCUGUACUGCUGGAAUUGGUACAUUUAUAGUGGAAUUUGCCACUUUAAGCCACCUUACUGGUGACCCAGUGUUUGAAGAUGUUGCCAGGAAGGCUUUGAAGGCACUGUGGAAAAAUCGCUCAGAUAUUGGGCUGGUUGGUAACCACAUUGAUGUGAUAACGGCCAAGUGGGUGGCCCAAGAUGCUGGCAUUGGGGCGGGAGUGGACUCCUACUUUGAAUACCUUGUGAAAGGAGCCAUUCUCCUGCAGGACAAGGAGCUGAUGUCCAUGUUUCUAGAAUAUAACAAAGCUAUCAAAAAUUACACAAAGUUUGAUGACUGGUACCUCUGGGUUCAGAUGUACAAAGGAACAGUGUCCAUGCCUGUUUUUCAGUCCCUGGAGGCCUACUGGCCAGGCCUACAGAGCCUAAUUGGGGAUGUAGAUAAUGCCAUGAGAACCUUCCUCAACUAUUACACUGUCUGGAAGCAGUUUGGUGGGCUGCCUGAGUUCUACAACAUUCCCCAGGGCUACACGGUGGACAAGAGGGAAGGAUAUCCACUCAGGCCUGAGCUGAUUGAGAGUGCAAUGUAUCUGUAUCGUGCUACAAGAGAUCCCACGCUCUUAGAACUGGGAAGAGAUGCAGUGGAGUCCAUAGAAAAAAUCAGCAAGGUGGACUGUGGAUUUGCAACUAUCAAAGACUUAAGAGAUCACAGGCUGGAUAAUCGCAUGGAAUCCUUCUUUUUGGCUGAAACAGUAAAAUACUUGUACCUGCUGUUUGACCCAGACAACUUUAUUCACAAUGAUGGAUCAGUCUUUGAUGUGGUGAUUACACCAUACGGGGAAUGUGUCCUGAAUGCUGGAGGAUACAUCUUCAACACUGAAGCUCAUCCUAUAGACCCUGCUGCACUACACUGCUGUAGGAAGCGUAAGGAAGAGCAGUGGGAGGUGGAAGACUUGAUGCGGGAAUUCUACUCACUGAAGAAAAACAAGAAAUUCACUUUAAAAAGAGCUUCUGACCAUGGUGAAGGGGAAAGAGCAAAAGACCCUGAAGAUGCCCCUUCAGAAAAAGGUGGAGAAAAGAGGAACUUUAAGAAAAGCUCACACUCCCUUCUGAGUUGCCCCAGUCAAUCUUUUAAUUCUAAACUUGCAGUACUGGGACAGGUCUUCCUAGAUAACACCUGAUUCUUUUUUCAUGAUAAGUUUAAAUUAUUGAAC